AUGCUGGCAACUCGAGCACGUCAAUCCACAGCCCAGGCUGCCCGUCAGCUCCGUCCCUCCACCCUCGCGACCCGUCGAACUCUCAAUGCGCCAUGUCGUCGAUUAGCAAGCGGUAAAUCACGAAGCUCGAACCCUUCAGGAAGCUGGAUCGGCAAAUCACUGGGAGUGGCAGUUGCAGGUACUGCUGGAUUUCUCGGCUAUUCCUACCUGACCGGCGAUUGGAAAGAAGCAUGGAUCGAGAGCCAGACACUGAAGAAGGAGAUCAUUGAUGUCAACGACCUGCGCGCUCAGUUUAUUCAAGAAAAGCGAAGCCUUAGGACCCCCGGUGUCUACACUUGGGGCUCAAAUGAAUUUAAGGUCGCCGACCCAGGAUCGAAAGACGCCGAUGUCAAAACGCCCCGACGAUUCAGGUAUUUCAACAAACAGGUACUGCGAGACUUCAAAGUCGAUGAGAAGUCUGGCGCUGCGAUUACGGAGAACGGAGACCUUGUGCAGUGGGGAAAGGGAUUCUCAGAGACCGAAUACAAGCCUACCAAGACUCUGACAGGCAAGAACUUGGCGUCGCUUGCUCUGUCUGAGAGUCGCAUUAUUGCUCUAUCCUCAGACGGCAGUGUCUACUCGUUGCCUCUUUCCAAGUCUGAACAGGCAUCCGGUCCAAAGGCUCGCGAGGGCUCUUGGGUACCAUUUUGGGGAGGAAACUCCACUUUGAGCUACCGUAUUUUGAAGCCGAAGCUGGGCCUUGGCGAGAAGGUCACUACUAUCUGUGGUGGUCAAGAGCAUGUUGUGAUGCUUACAAGCUCUGGACGCGUGUUUACCGCUGCUUCGUCUACUGAGAACUAUCCUACUCUUGGCCAACUGGGUGUGCCUGGCCUGACUUGGUCCACUCGACCCAGCGGUCCUGCAGAUGCAUGCCAUGAGAUCACAUCACUCAAGGGAUCCAAAGUGACACAGAUUGCCUCGGGUGAUUACCACGCACUAGCAUUGACCAAUGAUGGUCGCCUGUUCGCUUGGGGAGAUAACUCUUUUGGCCAGCUGGGAGUUGAAUUCACUCCAGAGGAGCCCUCCAAGGAUACUCCCUUUGUCGUGCCCGUGGAGAAGUAUUACCGAAAGCAGUUCUACGCUCCAACAAUCACUAGUGUCGCUGCUGGUGGUGCCACCACUUUCUUUAAUGUCGAUUCCAAGCGAAUUCUCGGACGCGACGAAGAAGCGUCCAGUGUUCGUGACCUUGGCAGCGUGACUGCCGAUACAUGGUCUUGUGGCCGGGGUAUCUGGGGCACCUUGGGAACCGGCAGAUGGAUCCACAUCCAAGACUCGCUCAGCAAAGUAAAGGACCUGAGUGGAUUAGGCGAGUACGACGAGAAGACCAAGCAAAUGACACCCAUUCAUUUGCGCAACGUGUCUGUUGGCACGACCCAUGUCGCGGCUGUACUGGACAAUAAGACCAGCAUCAAUGGCAAGAAUAAAAACUCCCUAGACAAGUCAUCGGACUUCGGUUAUGAGGUCUUCUGGUGGGGCGGUAACGAGCACUUCCAACUUGGAACUGGUAAACGCAGCAACCAGUGCCGACCAAGCUACAUCAAGGCUCCCUCGGAGUAUGCUAAGAAGCCUGAGCCAGAGGCUCGACUCCAGCUGAUGCCCCGACACAAGGGACGUGUUGACAAGCGCACUGUGACUAUGGAGCAGCGUGUCGAGUGUGGUCGCAAUGUCUCUGCUAUCUAUUCAGCGGUUUGA